GCGAAACGGAGGGGAACGGUCCGCGCGCCGUGGAUGUGGAAGUGGGUGGUCGGCGGGGCGAGGGACAUCACCGUGGCCUACCUCACCAGGUGCCCGUCAGCGCCCGAGUGCCCACGGUGCUCUCUGACCUGCCCCUCGUGCCCGAGCUUCGCGUGCCAGGCGCCCGCGUCCCUCGCGUGCCCGAUGUGCCCCUCGCUGUCCUGCCCGCCGCCGGCGGCAGAGCGUGCGUGCCGGGCGCGCGAGGCGGGAGCGGCGGCUUGCCCCCCUUGCCCGGCCUGUGAGGCCUGCGAGGACGAGGAGGGGGCGCCGUGUGACAGCGGGCGCUCCUUCGUGCACGGGCUAGUCGCCGGCGCCUUGCUGGGCGGCUGCUGCGCCCUGGUGCUCGUGAAGCUGGUGGGCCGCGUGGCGCUAUCGGCUUCUGAGUACGUGGGGACCACGCCGGAUGGGGACACGUACAUCAAGAAUUACGAUGAAGGCGCCAACGAGGACGUCGACCUGGUGCGGUGGAGCGCUGGGUGGAUCGCCGUGCCUCCUGGGGUCGACCCCGCCCGUGUGUAUCGUUUCCGGCUCGAGCCCGUUGCGGCGCAGAAGCAGGUCUACCUCCGCGACGCGGAGCUCCUGGCGCAGCAGCGGUGUCAGCACUUCGCCGCGCAGCUCGGACGCCCAGACCUCCUCGCGGCGCCGGGCUUCCUGGCGCUGAUCCCUGGCGGCCACGGCGCAGCCGCGCCGGCGCCGGCGGGGGCCGCGGCCGGCGCCCCUGCGCCUGGGCCGCUGCCUGGCGUGCUGCAGGGCGCUGCCGCGCCCGCGGCGGUCGCCGACCGCGGGGCGCGGUGGCGGGCGGCCCAGUCGAUCGGGGACUUCCGCUACGGCGACGAGGUGGCCGCGCACGUGGCGUCGCCAGGCGCCGUGCAGGGCCGCGACCUCCACGUCCUCCCCGACGGCGCCGCGCUGUUCGUAGAGGAGGUGGCCGCCGACGACCUCGAGACGUUCAUGGGGCGGGCGGUGGCCGCGGACGCGCGGGUGCUCCCCGUCGUGCGGACGGGGGCCAGGCGGGAGGUGACGUGGGCCAGCAUGGCCGCGCGCGUCCAGCAGGAGGACUUCGGGCGGGAUUGGCUGGUGGCCGGCCCUCGUACCGCGUUCUGGUGCAUAGACUUCAUCAACAACGAAGGCAUGGGGAUCGAACACUACCAGUGCUGCCUGUUCCUCCGCCUCCUGCUGCUCUCCGACCAGUGCGACGGCACGAGCCUGCAGGCGUGCGAGGCCAUCUUCCGUAGGCUGCAGACGAUCGAGCACUCGUACCUCGAGAAGGUGCGCGAGCGCGAGGGGGCCAACCAGAGCGGGGGGCUGUCCAUCGAGGAGCAGACGCACUUCUCGGGCUCGACGCGCUUGCAUUCUAGCCUGAUGGUGCGCCCUGGUCUGCUCGAUCACAUUUGGAAGGAAGUUGAGCGAGAAGCAGCCCUGUCGAAGAACCUCCGGCGCCUCUGCAUGAUGAAUUUAACCGAGUAUCUGUCGGGGUUGACGAGGCCUCUCGACACGUUCCUCGCAACCCUCUUCCACUACCUGUGCCUCCAGUGGCUGCUGCCCGAGGUGGAGGUGGAGGAGUUUUGUCUCGUGGUUGCCAGCAGCGGGUUGGGCGUCGGCAUGCUCGUGACUUGGAUGUUCGUCGGGCUGUGUGCUGGUACCUUGUCGUUGAUGCAGCAGCGCAUCAUGGAGCACGUGCGCGAGUCCGUCGACUCGCUGGGCGCUCCACCGACUGGCGUCGACGCCCCAGAAGCUCCGCGGAAGCUUCGGGUGCCCAGCGUCUACGGCCUCGACGCGGGCGUGAGGCUGGGGUCUUGCAAUCCCGACCUGCUCGCACUUCCAGCCGUGGGGAACCGCGCGGUGCCCCUCGCGGCCUUGUGGGGCGAGGGCGGGCGCAGGCGCGUCGCGGACUUCGUGCGCGACAGUGUGUUACCUGCGGGGCCGGCACUGGAGAGGAAGAUGAGUGGCGUGAGGGCGCCCUACUCCGACCCUUCGCUUCGCCGCCCACGCGCAUGGGGCGAUUUUGUUUCCAGGCUUCAUCAAGCAGGGCUGCUCGACUUUGCCUGCGACCGCGGGCGAGAGUCCGUGGAGUUCUUUUGCGUGCCGAAAAAGGUCCUCGAGAGGCUCCUAGGCCACAUGGGGUUCAUCAGCCUGGUCCGAAGAGAAAGUCUCUCCGUGUUCGAUACGGUGUUCGCGUUCAUCCGGCGCGUCUACAACGAGGAGGCCCCGCUGUGGGCCAGCGUCGUCAGGGAGCUCACCAUCUGGGGCGGGGUCUCGCCCUUGCUGCGGCGGAACCUCAAGGUGCAGUGGCUCUCCGGGGCGCACGACAACGGUGCUGAGGGCCUCUGGGACGUGGACGGGGGCCGACCGAGAAAGGGGGGCACCGCCGACGUCUUGGGAGGUGGCCUCGGUGACGCUCGUGAAAGUGUAUUUCGUGAGGUUCCGUUGGGCCUGCUGAAGCGCGACUGGAAGGUGGUGGGUCGCUACCGCCGGGGCUGCGAGGCGUUCGGCGACGGCGUCGACGAGUGCGCCGUCGAGUGCGAGCCCGCCUUCAUCUCCGGCGUUUCCUUCGCGCCGCGGCCCGGGCGCACGGCCUGCAGCGGCGAGCCGCCGGGCGCCGCAGCGCCGGGCGCCGCUGCCGCGCGGCGGCCGAGCGGCGCGGCGGCUACGGUGUGCCAGACUCACUCGGCACGCCCCGCUACGUCGCGGCUUUACGCCGCCGGCUUUGCCUCGUUCAAGCUCUGGCUGAAGACUGGCGGCCGGCCCCUGCCGCGCGCCGAGGCGGACUGCGACCAUGUGCUCAGCCUCUUCUUGGACGCGAUGUACCUCGACGGCGCCCACCUGAGCCUCGGGCAACGCAUGCUCGCCGCGGCGCCGAAGGGCUGGAAUCGGCUGGUACGGGCGGGUUCCAGGCUCGCCAUCCCGUUCGAGGUGAUGUGCAUGCUGGUGAUGUGGAUGUGGUUCAACAACCUCUGGGAGGAGGGCCUGUUGAUGUGGCUGACCUUCGAGAUGUACUGCCGCCCGAACGAGCCGCUGAGCCUCCGGGCGGCGGACCUCGCGCCGCCUGUCGCCGGAGCGCGGGCAGGUUGCAGCUGGUCGCUGAACCUCCACGCGCGCGAGCACGCCGUGGCCUCCAAGACGGAGGAGUUCGACGAGGCGAUGCAGCUCGACCUCGAGCGCCAGGCCGCGCCGGGGCCUGCCCUGGCUGCCCUGCUGCAGGGCCGCCACGGCCCGCGCUGGCGCACGGUGGUGCUGAAGCGGUCUGCCGCGCCGCCCCCCCUGUUAAAGAUCGCGGCGGCCGACGCGGCGAGGGCCUUCAGCAGGGCGGUGAAGGCGAUCAAGCUGGGCAGCGUGGGCGUGGCCUCCCGCUGCCAGCUGCGGCACGGCGGCGCCGGCCACGGCGCCGCGACGGGCGCCAGGUCGCUGGGGCAGAUCCGCCAUCGGGGCCGCUGGCGGGCCCACAGCAGCCUCAGGGGGUACGAGAAGGGCGCGCGGCUCGGGGAGGUCCUCGAGCGCCUGCCGCCCAAGGUGCGUGCCCACGCGCUGCGCUGCGCCGACUCGCUCGGCGACGUGGCGGCCAAGCGUCGCCAGCCCUUCGACGGCCCCUGA